AUGGCGUUGAGACUCAACAAGCUGAAUUUCGUUUUGCAAGUUUGUCGACGGUUCUCCGCAAAGGCUGCUGAAGGACAUGCUAGUCAUGAAUCGGCUUCAACCUGGAGGAAUGCUUUCAUCUUCCUGGGCUUGCCCGCUGUAGCUGCUGUCUACUACAAUGCUUACUAUGUGCUGCCACAGCAUCCAGAGAGACCGGAGUUUGUGCCCUACCCUCAUCUCCGUCUCCGAAACAGGAAAUACCCCUGGGGAGAUGGCAACAAAACCCUGUUCCACAACCCGUACUACAAUGCCCUACCUGAAGGUUACGAAGAGGGCUCGGAGGAGCUACACCCUGGCAAACACCACCACCACUAG